CUAAUUGGCUGUAAGAGUUCCGCUGCUGGACUUCAGUCCGCGGAGGGAGCGGGGCGCGCAGGGAAGCGGGACACGCCGAGAGGAGACGCGGGGGCUGCAGGUUCUGUGUCCCGCUGCUGCUUCUAGCUUCAUCCUGCUGUAUCCGGAGUGGAAUCAGACGCCAGAAUUAAAAUGAUUUCUGAAGCUGAAAACUUCCUCACACUUGCUGGGAUCUUGAUCAUUGCAGUGUCAUGUGAAGCCAUUGGACCACCGUGGGUGAGUAGUGUGGUGGAGGAGAAGCAGAUCGCGCAGCUGGGUCGUAAUAUCCGGCUGCCAUGCCCCGUCGAAGGUAACCCUCCGCCCCUUCUGCUCUGGACGAAGGACGGUCGAAACAUCAACGCUGGCUGGAGCCGUUACCGCGUUCUGCCCCACGGCCUCAAGAUCAAGAACGUGGAAGCCAAAGACGCCGGAGUCUACGUGUGCCAGGCAGCCAAUGGCUUCGGCAGUGUGUCCCUCAACUUCACCCUCGCUGUCAUUGACAACGUUGAACCUCCGACCAAACCUCCAAAUCCUCCAAUCUCAGAGGAACCCUGCCUCAACACAGCACCAGUGGAUCAAGCCGGGCAGCCAUGUGUAAAGCCACGCUUCAGCCAGCCCAUGAAGAUGCGCAGACGUUUUCGGGAACAGCCCGUGGGCAGCUCGGUGCGGCUAAACUGUGUGGCCACUGGAAACCCUCCACCAUGCAUCACCUGGUGGAAGGACCAGGAGCAGCUUCCUGCUCCCACCCGGGCCAAACGACCACAGUGGACCCUCACGCUGAAGAACCUGCAGCCACAGGACAGCGCCCGCUAUACCUGCCGCAUCUUCAACAACGCCGGGCACAUCAACGCCACCUACACGGUGGAGGUUAUUGAGCGUACGAACUCCAAACCCAUGCUGACGGGAAGCCAUCCUCUGAACACCACAGUGGAGCUUGGUGGCACAGCCUUAUUCCAGUGUAAAGUCCACAGCGAUGUGAAGCCCGUGAUCCAGUGGUUGAAGCGGCUCGAGCCGGGCACGGAGCGGCGCUACAACACCACGCUGGAGGUUGGAGGUCAGCACUUCAUGGUGUUGCGCACCAAAGAUGCGUGGCCUCGGCCUGACGGCUCAUACCUCAACAAACUGGCCAUCGUCAAAGCCCGAGACGAGGACGCUGGCAUGUACAUUUGCCUCGGAGCAAACUCGAUGGGCUACAGUUUCCGCAGUGCCUACCUCACUGUUCUCUCAGAUCCCCAGGUGGAGAAGCCGAUUCCCCCAGCCCACCUGAGUUCUGGUCUCCCAUGGCCUCUGAUCAUCGGCAUCCCAGCGGCAGCUCUGCUCAUGGUUGGCACGAUCGUGUUGUGGUUGUGCCAUAGCCGCCUCCGUCACAGCCCCUUACCCCCACGCUCUGCACCCUACCGAGAGCGCCAUGGCCCCGAUAAAGAUCUCAGCAUCCCCAGCAGUGGCAGCCCUGACUUCCCCACCCACAGACUUAUGGGAAUAGGAUCCCCGGGCUUUGGUGGGCCUGCAAAAACUUUCUCCAAGGUCUACACGGACAUGCACACCCACACCCAUACGCACACACACUCGCAUGCUCAUGUGGAGGGGAAAGUGCACCAGCAUUUCCACUACCAGCGCUAACAGGCUAAGCUGUGCCUCAAACGUUAAGCUACAAAAAGCUAAUGCUGCUAUCCUGCUUUUACAUGGACAGUGGGUCUUCUGUUUAGGUCAAGAAGCUGGAUCUGAACUGCGUUACCCUUGAGCACUGAUGGGAAUGUUAAUGGAAAUAAAAAAACCAGCCAACCAUGGAACAGUGUUCAUGCCAUAGAUGUUCUGGUGGACCGCGUUCACCUUGAAAACUCCUCAGGGCAGGAAGAAUCGUGUGUGUGUGUGUGUGUGUGUUUUAAUGGACCCAAAUCAGAUUGUUUUUUUUUUAUUAUUAAAAGGGACAGAGCUAUAAUUCAUUGCACACCUGAAACUGAACAAGGUCCUGAAGACAACAUGCAAAACCAACACACUGACUGUACUGACUGUAGACCACCUCCGCCAUCUGCUAGAACCCUCCUCUACCCUGCUCACCAAUGGAAAGGGACCACAAGCUCAUUGCUGACCAGACAUUAUUUGGGCGGUGGUUUAUUCUCAGCAGUGACACUCACAUGGUAGUCUGGGUGGUUAUGUUAUGGGUAUAUCAGAUAUCGCAGUAUUUCUAUAAUUAAAAAAAAAAAAACUCACAACUGGAGGUGAGAACCAGUCCACCAACCAAAA